CAGCUCGCAGCCCAUGAGGUACUGUGGCAAUGUGUGCGGUCUGGAGGAACGGUUUGGUGCCAUCCUAAAUUGCCCCCGUCGAUUAUGGGCUGUAUUGGCUCCAAAACCACCAUCGUGGCUGUGGACACCACUACUUUGCACGUGGAGUGGAACGAGGCGAAGCCCCUGCCAGCCCUCUCUCCUCUGGGCCACACCCGGACCUCACUGGUGCGCAGGCCGGUGCGCCAAAGCUCUGUGGACAGCCAGGACUUUCUCGAGGUAAAUGUUGAGGAUACUGUCGAAAUGUUACCCAAGUCCCGGCGAGCGCUCACCAUCCAAGAAAUCGCGGCCCUCGCGCGGUCCUCUUUGCACGGUAUUUCGCAGGUGGUGAAAGACCACGUUACCAAACCCACGGCGAUGGCGCAGGGCAGGGUGGCGCACCUCAUCGAGUGGAAGGGGUGGUGCAAGCCGAUGGAUUCGCCCGUGGCCCUGGAAAGCACGUUCAAUUCCUAUUCGGACCUCAGCGAAGGAGAGCAGGAGGCCAGGUUUGCUGCAGGGGUCGCCGAACAGUUUGCCAUCGCCGAAGCCAAGCUGCGGGCCUGGUCUUCCGUGGACGGGGACGAUUCGAACGACGAAUCCUACGACGAGGACUUCGCCACCCCUACCGAGACCACCCAAACUCCUGAUGUCGCAAACCAGCUCCCGCCCAGCACUCUGCUGAGGGAUUUCCUGCACAGCCGCCUCUGCCAGCUGAAUGCCCGGCAAGCCUCCUGCGACCCGGAGAGCGACUCCUCCCAGACCACCAUCUCCCCGGAGACUUUGUGCUCCAGCCUCUGCAGCCUGGAGGACAGCCUCUUCCUCAAGGAGUUGGGCUCGCCUUCCGAACUGGCCGCCAAGCUGCUGGGCUCCGUGUCCGGCGGCGAGGAGACGCUCCUCUCCAAGUUGCCCACACACACAGCCGGAGAAUGUGCCUUCCGGAGCCUGGCGCAGCUCGAGUGCCAGGACUCUAUGUACUCCAUGUCCUUCACCGAAUCCUGCCUCUCGCCGACGGAGGACGAGGGGAUCCCGUGCAAGGACUGCCCGGGGGGCUGCAGAAUCCACGGGGACAGCUGCCAAGUCCGGAGGAAAGUGUCCGACGUGGCCUCUUCCGGUGUAGUCUCGCUCGACGACAAUGAGGAGGACGAGGACGAGCGAGAGGAGGACGCCGGGGAACAGUGAACUGCCUGCUCCGUCCGUGGCAUGCUGCACCUGCCAUCUCGUCUCAC